UCAGGUUCGCGCUCUGAUUGGCUCCCGGCCACCCGACGCUACCGUGAGCUCCGCCACAGCAGAUGGACUUCUCGUGCUCUCCUCCUCCUCCUCCUCUUUGAUGCACGCGCCCCAGUGAUUGUUUCCAACGGCAGGAGAGCUAGCGAGUUGAACAAGGAGUUUAUCGUUAACGGACAUUUCACCUUUUACGGUGAAGAAGAGGAAAAACGGGAGGAGGAGGUGGAAAAGGAGAAUCGGAGAGCCUGCGUCCACCGGGUUUGCUCCCUCUUUCUGGUGAUUCAACAAGACCACACAGUCUUCACUACGCUCCUCUCAUGCUUACUGAGAAUGGAUGAUACAGAGUACGGGGUUCAGAUUGGAGAGAACAAGUUCAUCAGGAAGGCAACCGUCCUCUCACAUCUGAAGACGUACAACCUCUACUAUGAAGGACAGAAUCUGCAGCUCAGACACAGAGAGGAAGAGGGGGAGCUGAUUGUCGAGGGUUUGCUGAAUAUCUUCUGGGGUCUGCGGCGACCAAUCAGGCUUCAGAUGCAGGAUGACCACGAGCGCAUCCGACCGCCCCCCUCCUCUACGUCCUGGCACUCGGGUUGCAAUCUGGACAGUCAAGGUUCCCCCAACAGCACAGAUGGUCAACAAACGACACAGCAGAGCCCGCCCACAGUAGAAGUGACAGAACCUGACAGCCAACCAGAGGACGACGGAGUGAUGGAAGAGCAGGCAGAAGAAGACAGUGAGAGCUCUGCUCAGCUCCUCAGAACGAAGAGCGAUGCGGGCGUCUUGAGACGUGGCCAGCGACGGUCACCGAGCGACCAGAGGAAAAUUCGACGCCAUCGCUUCUCUAUCAAUGGACACUUCUACAACCAUAAGACAUCAGUGUUUACUCCUGCUUUCGGCUCGAUGACUAAUGUUCGAAUCAACAGCUGUAUGAGGACGCCUCAGGUGCUUCGAGUUCUCCUCAACAAGUUUAAAAUUGAAAACAGCCCAGAUGAUUUUGCCCUCUACCUCGUCCAUGCAAGCGGAGAGCGUGUGAAACUGAAGCGAAGUGACUAUCCUCUGGUGCUGAGAGUGAUUCAGGGUCCAUGUGAGCAGGUCUGCAAGGUUUUCCUCAUGGAGGAAGACCUCGGAGAAGAAGUCACAUAUGAUGUGGCACAGUAUAUCAAGUUUGAAAUGCCUGUCCUGCAGAGUUUCAUCACCAAACUGAAGGAGGAGGAGGACAGAGAGGUGCAGAAACUCAGAAGAAGGUAUACGUACCUGCGGUGUAUAAUUGAAAAGCAGCUGCGUUGUCUUCCAGAGGGGGCGGCGUGUAUGUGAGCUGCUUUCUUAAAACUGUCAGAAGUACCACAUCCUCCACCCAGCUGUGACUGAGAGAGUGACCGCUACACCCCAAUGUAUGUGUUUCAGCGAUUAUCCUGCUCCUCCUGAGCUCCUGGCUCAUCCAAUCAAUCAUCUUACACACACAACUUUAACAUGCUAUAUUAAUGUGCAUGUUGAGUGGGACCAUCUCAGCAAUAAUCUUCAGACCCAAUCCCCUUUUCUCUUUGGCAUCACAUACAUUACGCUCAGAAAGACAUUCCUUUACUCCUGUCCUGAGUAAUUUGAACCUUUCUGCAGUGCAUUUUGCAGAGUGAACCUAAAAUGAGACAUCCUGUCUGCUGUCUCUACCAUUCAGAUUACAAGCUGAUAUCCCAAAUCCAUUUAAAGCACAAACAAAUUGUAAUAUGGUCUUAAUAAAGUGCCUGUUAGAAGGUUUCUCUAAGCAAAAACGCACAAACUUUGAACAUAUUUUUGAAGUUAUCGCCAUGUAGAAAAUUCUUGGGAAAUUCUCUUUUUUACUGAAAAGUACAAUAGAACAACAUGAGACCACACCGUUUCUGUUGAUGUGAAACCGCUCAGACCACGAAGGAAAACAGGCUGCGUGCCUUUUAUGGUCCUCGCUGUUGUUAAAUAUUGUAAUUGAAGGAUAUUUAAUUGACCCUCUCCAUUUUAUCUCAGCUGAGAAGUUCACUGCAGGGAUUAUUAAAGAUUGCGUGAGCAGAUAAUCUGUUCAUGUGGUGACCAUCAGUCUCUUGGUGGUCUGAUGGAGUUUUUCUGAAGGCAUUCACAUUGAAUGUUAAGGACAUUUUAUGAUUGAAGUUAAAGGAAUAGUUUGACAUUUUGGGAAACAUUUUCUUGCAGAGAGUUUGUUGUUUGUAUAACAGCUGCUGGUUAGCUUAGCAUAGCACAAAGACUGGAAACAACCUGCCUGGCUGUGUCAGAAGGUCCACCUAUCAGAUAGCAGAUUUCUUUAAGUUUGGACAGAGGCUAGUUGUUUCCUACUGUUUCCAGUCUUUGUGCUAUGCUACUUGCUACUUGCUUGCUGUAGCUUCACAUUAACCAUACAGACAUAAGAGUGGUACUAAUAUUCACAUCAAACCUUCGGCAAGAAAUCAAAUAAGCCUAUUUCUAUUCCUUAAAAGAAAACAAAAUCCAUCCUGAAUCAGUCUUUGGCCACCUUUUUUGUUUUGUGGUGUAUUGUCCUCACUUGCAUUCCUGCCUUAUGUCAGAUGACAAGAAGAUGUCAUUGUGUUGAGAUUUUAAAAAGCACAGUAAAAUACUGUUUGAUCGAUGAACAAUUUUCAAGAUCACGCUUCACGAUGACUCCUGGUAGGCGUUGGACUUUGGACUGCCUUUACACAAAUGAAAGAAUAUUCACCGGUGGACUUUUAUUUUUAUUUUGUUACAUCCAGCAGAGAAUGACACGCGUGAAAUCCCACAAGACUGUGAAUUAUGGCGAUCACCUUUGUUGGAAGAAUUUGUGUAUAAAUGAGCAUUUCAACGCAGCACAAUUUGCCUCCACAUGUACAGCGCCUUGAUUUUGUCUGCCCGUCCAUUCAAUAUCCAUUAACAACAUUGAAAAUCUUGCCGUGUGUGUGUGUGUGUGUGUGUGUGUGUGUGUGUGUGUGUGUGUGUGUGUG